GCCGCGGGCGGGCCAGUGAUCCGGGACCGGCUUGGUCGCUAGGUGGCUCGGUCUGUCCGUCCGUCCGCGGGUGCCAUCAUGGCGGACGCGGCCAGUCAGGUGCUCCUGGGCUCCGGUCUCACCAUCUUGUCCCAGCCGCUCAUGUACGUGAAGGUGCUCAUCCAGGUGGGAUAUGAACCUCUUCCUCCAACAAUUGGACGAAAUAUUUUUGGGCGGCAAGUGUGUCAGCUUCCUGGCCUCUUUUGUUAUGCUCAGCACAUUGCGAGCAUCGAUGGGAAGCGUGGGUUGUUCACAGGAUUAACUCCAAGGCUGUGUUCAGGAGUUCUCGGAACUGUGGUCCAUGGCAAAGUUUUACAGCAUUACCAGGAGAAUGACAAGGUUGAGGAGUUAGGACCAGGAAACGUACCGAAAGAAGUCCCAUCUUCCUUCGACCAAGUUAUUAAGGAGACAACACGAGAGAUGAUGGCUCGAUCUGCUGCUACCCUCAUCACACAUCCCUUCCAUGUGAUCACUCUGAGAUCCAUGGUACAAUUCAUUGGCAGAGAAUCCAAGUACUGUGGACUUUGUGACUCCAUAGUAACCAUCUAUCGGGAAGAGGGCAUGAUAGGAUUUUUUGCGGGUCUUAUUCCUCGCCUCCUAGGUGACAUCAUUUCUUUGUGGCUCUGUAACUCAUUGGCCUACCUCGUCAAUACCUAUGCACUGGACAGUGGGGUUUCUACCAUGAAUGAAAUGAAGAGUUAUUCCCAAGCUGUCACAGGAUUUUUUGCCAGUAUGUUGACCUAUCCCUUUGUGCUUGUCUCUAAUCUCAUGGCUGUCAACAACUGCGGGCUUGCUGGUGGGUGCCCUCCUUACUCCCCAAUAUAUACUUCUUGGAUAGAUUGCUGGAGCAUGCUACAAAAAGAGGGAAAUAUGAGCCGAGGAAAUAGCUUGUUUUUCCGGAAGGUCCCCUUUGGGAAGACUUAUUGUUGUGACCUGAGAAUGUUAAUUUGAAGAUGUGGGACAGGGACAGUGACAUUUCUAUAGUCCCAGAUGCACAGAAUUAUGGGAGAGAAUGUUGAUUUCUAUACAGUGUGGCACGCUUUUUUAAUAAUCAUUUACUCUUGGGAAAAUGGA